AUGGAAAAUAAAUGUUCCAUUGAAGAAAACUUGAAAAAGUUGAAUUUAUUGAUUCUCAUAAUUAAAACCGACAGUAUCUUUGAUGAUGAAGCUUCUGACUCAAACAUCCAUCUUGUUGUUGAAGUACCAGUACCCGCUGCUACAAGCAAGUGUCUUAUUGUUGAAAAAGUUGUUGCGCAACCAUUAAUCGGAAAAGAUUAUCAAAUUAUCAAAGGGGUUAAUACACCAAAAGAUAAACUGCCAGUGAACAGUGUUUACGUAAUAACAUGGAAAAUAAUGAAUCAACAAGAAAACACCGAUAAUAUUGGUAUUAUAAAGGUGAUAAAACGACCCGAAUUGAGUAGUUUUCUGAUUGAUGACAAGGUGGAUCUUAAUAAAGAAUUUUAUGAUUGGAAG